UGAGUCUUGUAUUUAGAAUUUUAAAAGCGCUUAGCUUACAAGAUUUUUUUAUGACUAAGGAAUCAUUCUGGCCAAGUUAACCAACAUGGCCGACUUUGACGAUCAUCACGGAGGAUUUGGUGGGGGAAAUUAUGGCGGAGGAGGAUACCGAGGAGACUAUAACCGUGGACGUGGAGGUUAUGGGGGCAAUCGCGGGGGCAGAGGUGGAGGUAGGAAACCAAUGCCUACUGAACCACCGUACACAGUCUUUGUGGGCAAUUUACCAAAUGGCAUUGUACAGGGAGAUUUGGAGUUGAUAUUCAAAGAUCAAAGGGUACGAAGUGUACGACUGGUGAGAGAUAAGGAAACAGAUCAUUUUAAAGGUUUUGCCUACGUGGAAUUUGAAGACCUUGAUUCUCUCAAGGAGGCAUUAACAUACGACGGAGCGCUUUUUGAAGACAAAAACAUCAGAGUAGAUAUUGCAGAGGGAAAGCAGAACCGCCAGCAAGGCGGACGCGGGGGUGGCCGAGGAGGCAGAGGGGGUUGGAAUGACGACAGGGGAGGUUUCCGCGGUGGAAGGGGUGGACGAGGGAGAGGUGGUUACGAUGAUUUCCGCGGAGGAGGUCGAGGUGGAUUUAAUGAUAACAGAGGACGCGGGGGAUUCAAUAAUUAUCAAGACAGGUCAGACGACUUUGACAAUUUUGGUGGAGGACGCGGGGGUGGUAGAGGUGGCAGGGGACGUGGUGGAUUUGAUAGAUACGAUAACAGAGAUAAUGAUAUGGGUGGGAGAAGAAGGCAAAACAGCGGUGGACCUCCAGUAGAAUUAAGAGAACCUUCCCCAGAAUCAGCUGCAGCUCGUCCCAGAUUAAAGUUGUUACCAAGAACAGUUAGAGAGCCUCCUAAUGACUUUGUAAAUACUCAAAGAAAUGCCAGUAUUUUUGGUACGGGGAAACCACGUGAUAAAUCUCCCAAGGAUGAAGACGGUGAGAGAAGUCGAACUAUUAGUGAAAAUAGUCAAAAUAGUCAACAUUGAAUACCAGUCAUAUUUUCCCAUCUGUCUGUUGCUUUUAUGAUGAAAGGGAGCUGUAUAGAAACUGUAUAUGUCAUCACACAUCAAGUGCUAGGAGGCUAUGAGUAAAGGGGCCCCAUAGAGGUUCCAGCUAUAAUCAUAUGCCAAGUGCUGAAGAGGCCCCAGAAAGGUUGUCAUUUACGUCAUCACGUAUAUCUUGAUGAAAGUGUAUAUGAGGCCCUGACAGGGGAUACAGGGGAGCCUUAUCUAAACAUGUCUUUUGCAGACUUUCAUUUACUGUGUCAUGAAUAAACACUCACAAGUUUGCUAGUUUUUGGGAGAGUUGUUAGAGGCACUGAUGUCGGAGAAUUACAGCUACAGAAGUAUAUAUUUUUUUAAAGAAGAAUCUUACCUUACAUAUUUUUUUACAUGCAUAUUGAGCUGUCAGAUUGUGAGCUGCAUGUAAUAAUCAACAAAUUAUUUCCAACUAGUUAACCAAAAUAAAAAAAAUCUUAAAAGAAAAAGCCAGGAUUUUUUUGUUUCUAAAUUUUUUCUGACAAUGAAAAAUAGUGUUCUGUAUCUUCAUUUAACCAUUAUUGAGACAGAGGUUAAGUAUUUUAACCUCGUUGUAUGGAGAUAGGAAAGAACAUUCACUUUAACAGUAAGGUUCUCAUUUCCCAGUAUAAAGGAAGUUUAACAUGGUGAUUUUAGAUACAUCAGAUUUUAAAAACAUACCAAUAUUGAAAUAUACAUUUUAUUUUGUAGCUUUUCACUUUUGGCCCAUAAUCGCUCACACUUCUCAGAAAAUUUGAAACUUGCUUUAAUAUUAUCUGGCAUUAUGUCUAAUGAUAAAGCCAGACAUGAGAUUUGAAUUCUUAUCAAGGUUUUCCCACAGCCAGAUUGCAAAAUAAAAGCCAUGUGGAAAAUUAACUGUCCACAGUAUGUGAAUGAUAAUAAAUUAUUUACUUUUUAAAGAAAGGAAUGUUUCUGCUUUGAUGCAGUUAGGUGCAAAGUACAAGUCCAACAUGAAUUAACCCAGUGUUUUACAGUAUUUGGAAAAUGUUAUGUUUUGGUUGAUUUUAACACAGUUUCCUUUUUUUACCAUAAACCUGCCUGUAAAUGACAGCGUUGUUAUGUUGACAUUGUGAUUAGACUGUUAAUGGGAGAGAAUUUAGGUAGAAAUGUGACUAAGUAUUGUUUGGACUUACUUUUUAUUCAUUGUACAUGCCUCACAUUUUGUACAUUUUAUGGUUGUUGUGUAUAUACUAUUACCUUGGAGAUAGGGCUAGAAUGUCAUUUUUGAUUUAUUUUUUCAUUUGUAUGUAAGACAUUCUGGCUUUUACUUCAUCAUUAUGUCUCCCACACCACUGUGUGGUGGGAAACAUAUUGAUUUACUCCUGUCUGUCUGCCUGUCUGUCACAAAUCUUGUCCGCACUCUUUAAGUCAAACAUUUCUCAUCCGAUCUUCACCAGACUUGAACAAAAUGUGUUUGCCAAUAAGUCCUCGGCCAAGUUUGAUAACUAGCCAAAGAGGUCCAGGCACUUCGGAAUAAUGGCCCUUGAAACAUUGUUUUUUGAUAAUCAAAGCACUGAAAGUCUGAUUGGGUUGUAUCAAAGCACUUGAAGUCUGAUUGGGUUGUAUCAAAGCACUGAAAGUCUGAUUGGGUUGUUUUUGAUAAUCAAAGCACUGAAAGUCUGAUUGGGAAUUAAGAAUGUAUAGGGAGUAGGGUUUACGCUUGAACAUUUCUCAUCCGAUCUUAUACUACUAUUCAGAUGAUUAGGCAGUUGUGGGAGACAUGUGCUUUUCUAAAAAAGCAGCUCUAGUUUAUUCUUGAAGUAUUGUGUAGAAAUUAUUAUAAAUAGAUCAGGAUAAAAAUAUAAUGUACAAGAUGUAUAAACAGUUGCAUAAGCUCAAUAGCAAGGUCUUAUCAUAAAAGUGCUUCUGAUGAAUGAACAACUGACUUCGUAUUUUAUUUUUUAUUCUUAAAGGCAUAAGUGUGAUCUUUAUUAUGUAGUUAAAUGGAAGACAAGGAAAUUUGUAUUUAUGCAUUAAAGUUGUUUAAAUAUC